UCUUCAUCGUUCCAGAUUCGUUGGUCGAUUGCCACGUGUUCUGGUGGAUCCGACGCUUCAGAAACUUCCGUUCUUUCUGCUUCCCUGGCUCUCUCUCCUCACUUUCUUCUUCCUCCUCAUUCAUACUCCUUCAAAACGAUAGUCAACGCAGAACCGCCUGGCAGCGACAAUCCUAGAUCUCUCUAUCUUCUCGCCCUCGACACCGUCAGGGCCGGGCGAUCCAUUGUCGUUACGGGUCAGCUUCGUUUAUUUUUGCACUCCUAUGGUUUUCCGGUGAUCCCGUCGUCGAUCUCGCCCUCUACACCCUCGCUGCCGCUCGUUCCUUCCUCGUCCAGCAGCAUAUUUAUCUGAAAUCGAAAUCUGAAAACGUUUUCACCAACCAAAUGGCCCUGAGUCUCGUCCAAUAUUUUCCUGAGAAUGGGACAGGCUGAGAGCGCUUGUUUCUUUGAAGCAAGAGAGAGCCAGCGCCAGAGCAAAGGGAAGAGAUCGUCGACUUCGCUGCCAAUCGGGGAAGGGCAACCCUGGGUCAGAGGCCGCCGAGCAUCUCCGAGAGCAAAGCCGACUCUGCUUCAGCUUUAAGCCCUUGAUUUUCUUAGCAACACUCUCUCUCUCUGUUCCGAAGCUUGGCAUUCUAGAGAAGCACAUAUACCAUCAGCUCUUCUAAUGGCUGCUUCUUCGAUUAUGAAAAGGAAUUACCAUGUGUUCCUCAGUUUCAGAGGGACAGAUGUCCGCCACAGCUUCCUCAGUCAUCUCUACGCCGCUCUGGACCAGAGAGGAAUACACACUUUUGUGGAUCGCAAGGAGCUUAGGAAAGGAGAGGAAAUAUUGCCGGCGCUCAUGAGGGCGAUCGAGCAAUCGCGCGUUGCCAUCAUCGUUUUCUCCGAGAACUAUGCUUCCUCACCGUGGUGUUUAGAAGAGCUCUUGAAAAUCAUGGAGUGCGAGGAGCAAAAUGACUUGAUUGUGUUCCCAGUGUUUUACAAAGUGGAACCAAGGGAAGUGAGGAAAGGGAGGGAUAGUUAUAAGAGAGCUAUGGCUGAGCAUGAGUCCAAGUUUGGGAAGGAUUCGGAGAAAGUGAAGAGAUGGAAGAAGGCUCUCCUUGAUGCUGGUAGCUUAUCUGGGUGGCACUUCAAUGACAGAGAUGAAAGAGAUGAAGCGGAGCUCAUACAAUCCAUCGUCAAGGAAUUAUCAAUUUAUCUCAGACCAAGAUCCUUAGAUGUCGCUAAGUAUCCGGUCGAUAUAGAAUCCCGAGUUCAAAAACUGAUAAGUUUGUCAGAGGCAGUUGGUAGUGAUGUUUUGAUGAUAGGUCUAUGGGGACCCGGCGGCAUUGGAAAGACGACGAUCGCUAAGGCACUAUAUAAUGCUAUUGAGAUGCAAUUUCAGGGUUGUAGUUUUUUGGAGCGAGUUAGAGAAAAAUCGAACCAAAGUGGUGGUCUUGUUGAUUUGCAAGAACAACUUCUAUCUCAGAUCUUAUCUCAUAACAAAUUAACGGUCCACGGUGUCAGCGAAGGAGUUAGUUUGAUACGAGAAAGGCUAUGUUGCAAGAAGGUUCUCUUGGUUCUUGACGAUGUUGACCAGAUGGAUCAAAUAAAAGCAUUAGCUAGAGAAGGCAAUUGGUUUGGAGAGGGAAGUCGAAUCAUUGUUACAUCAAGAGAUAAACAAUUGCUAAUUUCUCAUGACAUAAAUUGUGUGUAUGAAGUUAAAGCUUUAAAAUAUGAUGAAGCACUAGACCUUUUUAGUCGGUAUGCUUUCCCAAAUAGCAAGAGUGUUGAAAUAAGAAGGGAUCUCAUAGAUAGAGUACUGAAUUAUGCUAACGGCCUUCCGUUAGCCCUCGAAGUGUUGGGCUCAUUCUUAUGUGGAAGAAACGAAGCUGCAUGGGAAAGUGCAUUGCAUAGGCUCUCCGAAAGUCCUGACCAAACUAUUAAUCAAGUUCUCAAGACAAGCUUUGAUGGAUUGGACAACAAUGAGACGGAGAUUUUCCUCGAUAUUGCUUGUUUCCUUAAGGGAAAGAGAAUAGAGUACAUCCAAGAAAUGCUUGAUGGCUGUGGUUUCUACACAACCAUAGGAAUAGAAAUUCUCAUUGAGAGGUCCUUGAUAAAAAAUGAGCGUGGCUCCCUGCAAAUGCAUGAUUUGGUUCAGUUGAUGGGUACAAAUAUUGUUAAACAAGAAUGUCACGAUAAUCCUGGGAAACGCAGUAGAUUAUGGCUUUUGGAAGAUGUUGAGGAAAUUUUUUGUUAUAAUACGGGGACAGAUGCAGUAAAGGCCAUAGUAUUGGACUUGCCCCCACCAAAAGCGAUAGUCAUCCAUCCUGAAGCUUUCACAAAUAUGAAUAAGCUAAGAGUACUCAUUUUGCCUUGCGUGCAUAUCUCUUCACAAGUUCAACUAUGUCUCCCUAAUGACCUAAGAUGGCUUGAAUGGCCCAGUGCCUCGAAUCUAGAAUUUGGCUCUGGUCUAAAUAAACUCGUGAGACUCAAUAUCCCAAAAAGUCCUAUCAAACAAUUAGGGGGCAACUCUCAGAAUUUUAGCAAGCUGAAGUCCAUCGAUUUCAGUGAAUGCCAAUCCCUGGUUAGUAUUCACGACCUGUCAUCGGCUCCAAAUAUGAAGAUAUUGAUUCUUGAUGGGUGUGAGAGGUUGGUGGAGGUUCACCCAUCCGUUGGAGAUCUUGUCAAGCUGGAAGUUUUGUUGCUACGAGGGUGCUUUAAUCUUAGAAAUUUUCCUAACACACUGAAGACUAAAUCUAUUCGAAUCCUUGAUCUCUAUGGUUGCUCUAAACUUGAGAAGUUCCCAGAUAUAGAUGGAAAGAUGAAACAUUUGAAAGAACUUACUCUAUGUAGUACGGCUAUUAAAGAACUCCCUGCGUCAAUUGAAAAUCUUGUCUCUGUGGAGUUGAUAGAUUUAUCAUUUUGCAAAAACCUCAUGAGGCUUCCGUCGCACAUUUAUAAGUUGAAAAAUCUCGAGUAUUUAAAUCUUGAGGGCUGCUUGAAUUUAAUCACGUUUCCAAAAAACAUGGAGGAUUCAACUAAUCCUGAUGGUCGUAUGGGAUUCCAAAACCUAUUUAGCCUAUAUCUUUCCGGCUGCAAUCUAUUAGAAUUAGAGUUCCUUGAGAGUUCUUCCAGUUUUCCUAGCUUGCAGUACCUAGACCUUUCAUAUAACAUGUUUACUCAUUUGCCAACAUGCAUCGACAAGUACUAUCGUUUGAGGGGAUUGGAUGUUGAGGGAUGCAAGCUACUACAAGAGAUUCCUCAACUUCCACCAAAUAUUAUUGUGCUAUCAGCAUGUAAUUGCAAAUCCCUGCAAAAACUCCCAGAUUUGUUGUGGGAUUCGGGUGACUUGACUUCAUGUGAAUUAUUCCGCGAAGGAGUCAAUAUGGAUGAUGUGGCUAAUUUCUCAUUACUCGAGGUCUCUCUCUCUCUCUCUCUCUCUCUCUCUCUCUCUCUCUCUCUCUCUCUCUCUCUCUCUCUCUAUAUAUAUAUAUACUUAAAUGCUUGAUAUGCAUACCCUCUGUGUGAUAGAAACAGCCAAAGAUGCGUUGGCUCGAGGUCGUUAUAAGUGGAAGAGAGAUGCCUAAAUGGAUUCAACCCUAUGAAGAGGAUUCCAUAUUUUUCAUGAUUCCACAGCACUUGUAUGAUGAGAUUAAAGGACUAGCACUCUGUGUUGUUCUUAGCCCGGAGGAAGGAAAAGUGGCCGACGUUUUUUGUCAUUUAACAGUACUUGUUAAUGGCCAAGAAGCGAUGUCUCGGAGUAAAGAACUUGGGUCAAUAGAAUCUGACCAUGUGUGGCUUUAUGAUGAUUUACACUUUUUCGAAUCUUCAGUGAAGAAGCUUUUGCAAAAUGAUUGGAGCCAUUUCCAAGUUUGCUUCGAAGCAAAACGGGGAAGCAUAAAGAAGCGUGGUAUCUAUCUAACAUGUCCAAUUGAAACAGAUGCAGAGGAAAGCUCAUCACCUUUAACAAAGAAGAUAAGACAGUCUUAACUACGGUGAGACUUUGGGUUCAAUGUCUUUGCUUUUCCCUUUUCUGGACCUCCACUAGAGAUUUGCAAGUGUCUGCUCCUUCAAUUAGAAUUCAAGAUCAUUAUAAAAUAGAGGUUUCACACCA